AUGCGCACAAGUGAUAGUGAAGUUCGGCGCGUUAUCACUUUCAACGAACCGCUGCUGAUAAGAAUCGGUAUCUUGUCAAUACGUAUGAUAACGUAUUACUACCGAUCCGGCACAGAGGGUGUUGUGGUAGACCCUCUCGGCCUCUCCGGCGCUUUAGGUGUGAGUAGCUUGUCAAUACGUACGAAGACGUAUUACUACCCACACUGUCAAGGUACGGAGAGGGGUACGGGAGGAGUUACUCGACGUUACACAAGACGAUACGUAUCGUAUGAAAAGAAAGAGACGUUACUAUACCGCAUGUGGAGACUGGUUCGACUGAUGGCAUAUGCUGGGAAUCUGACCGGUAUAUCUGUGGUUCGACUUGGCUGUGCGUUGAUUGAUAUGCCGGUUUGCGUCGACCAUGUUUUACUGUUUUCUUAUAUGAUGCGUGUGAUAUUGUGA